AUGGAGGAGGAUGGUGGUGAGCCCAGGGAACCCGGGAGGGAGCCAAACACCAUUCCUGCAUCCUGGGCUGGAGAGAUGGAGGAGGUGGGGGGACACCUGAAGGGGGGUCAGAGUCGCUGCUGGAGGAGAUGGAGCAGGGGAGCAUCAGGUGAGCCUCCUUUUUUGUGUUUUUGGGUAUGGGGUGUUUAAAAAUGGCAAGUUAUAAUGGCAGGGAUUAUUUUUGUAAUGUUAAAUGUGAGGGGGAUAAGGGAGGAUGUGAAGAGAAGGGCGGUCUUUGGGUACUUAGAAGGUGUGGGUUUUGAUGUUUGUUUUGUACAGGAGGUUCACCUAAGGGAUAGUUGGGAUGCAAUAAAGUUUAAGAGGGAGUGGGACAAGGGAGGUCGGUGUGGGGCAUAGGGGGGGUUCACUCAUCGGGGGUGGGGAUACUGUUUGGGAAUAGGGAGGUGAAGGUGGAGGGUCAACUAUAUUUUCCUAUCCAGGUCUCUGGGUCAGUUGUCUGAGCGUUUGUUGCCUGUGUUCUUUUCGGACCACGACGGGGUGCUCCUGCAGUUUGGGGCACCAGUCUGCCUCUUCGGUAGGGGGUACUGGAAGCUAGAACUGGAGGUGCUGGAUGGGCAGGCUUUCGUCAAAGCUUUGGUUGAUUUUUUUAGGGGGCUUGAGGGCCUCCGGGUAUUAGAUUGGUGGGAAAUAGUAAAGGUGAGGAUGAGGGUAUUUAUAAUAGGACAGUGGAAGAAGAAAAAGAGGGAGGAAAGGAGGGAGGUGGAUCAUAUCCAGAGGCUGCUAGAACUCGAGCUCGAGGCAGGCAACCUCGGCUGGUCGGUAGACUGGGAGAGAUCCACUGCCCUAAAGGCGCAGCUAAGGGAGGUGCAUGAGCGGAAGGCUCGCGCUUUCCUGAUGCGUGCGCAUAGUGGUUUUAUAGAACACGAUGAAACAUGUUCGGCCGAGUUCUUUAAAAUCAGUAAGUGGAAGACAGUAGGAAGGUAA